GGUGGGGCUGGAUCCGUCCCUGCCGCGGAGCCGGUGCUCUGGCUGUGGCGCUGGCUGGGAGCACCCAUGAGGCAGGGCUGGGACCCACAGUGAGCGCAGCCGCGUUCCCACAGGACACGGGCCAUGGCAGGCCGGCUCCCGGCCCCCGCUGCCAGCCGGGAUCAGGGCGUUGAGGACACCCCCGGCUCGCGGCCGGCACCGUGCGUGCCCCCCCAGCGCUCGGCGGUGCGGAUCCACCACCACGGCUCCAACACCCUGAACUUCGACUUCCAGGCCCCGGAGGCCCCUGGUGCUGCUGAACGUGGCCGGGCCCCCCCCCGGAGCUCAGCGAGCGACUGGUACCAGACCUGGCCGGCCAAGGAGGGGAGGACGCGCAGCCCCACAGCACCCGCCGGCCCCAGCGCUGCCCCCCCCGGGCCCCGGCCCCCCCCGGGCUGGUCGGCAACGUGGACCAAGGACAGCAGGAGGCGGGAGCGGCGCUGGGUCAAGUACGACGGCAUCGGACCGGUGGAUGAGACCGGGAUGCCCAUUGCCUCGCGCUCGAGCGUGGACCAGCCCCGGGACUGGUACCGCAGCAUGUUCCGGCAGAUGCACCGCAGGCUGCCAGAGCCCGACUGGGACCCCCAUCCCUGCCCCACGGAUAAGCUCAGCUCCUCGCUGCCUCCGUCCCCCCCAGCACCUCAGAUGAAGCCGGCCGUGCCCAACGGGGACUGGCUCCCCUGGGCUGUCACUGGUGCCACCGUGGAGCCCGGCAGCAUCUUUGACUACGAACCGGGGAGCCCCUCGCUGCCAAAGCAGCCCCCGGCAGCGGUGCCACCAGCACGGGCUCGUCCCAUUGAGGUGCUGCUGGAGCAGGAGCUGGAGCAGCUCAGCGUGGAGCUGGACAAGGACAUGAGGGCCAUGGAGACACGAUGGGAACCCUGUCAGCGCCCAGCGCCGGCCCCCGCCGCCCGCGGCCCCGCUCCGGCCCCUGCGGCCCCGCCGGCCCGGCUGCAGACCCCGGCCAUGGAGCGGAGCAUCCCCGGGCUCGGCAGCGACCGGAGCCGCGCAGCCCCCGGAAGAGACACCUUGCGGCCAGAGACCCUCCCCAGCCUGCCCGACGUGGGGGACCCCGCAGAGGCCGUCAGGAGGGAGGAGAAGAAGAUGAAAGCCGCUCGCCUCAAGUUCGACUUCCAAGCUGAGUCACCCAAGGAGCUGACGCUGCAGAAGGGGGACAUCGUCUACAUCCAUAAGGAGGUGGACAGGAACUGGCUGGAGGGCGAGCACCAUGGCCGCGUGGGCAUCUUCCCCUCCAACUACGUAGAGAUCCUGCCUUCCACGGAGGUUCCCAAGCCCAUCAAGGCGCCGACCAUCCAAGUGCUGGAGUACGGCGAGGCCCUGGCGCUCUACAACUUCCGAGGGGAGCUGCCGGUGGAGCUUUCGUUCCGCAAGGGCGAGCGCGUGUGCCUGGCACGGCGCGUGGACCACAACUGGUACGAGGGGCGCAUCUCCGGCACCAGCCGCCAGGGCAUCUUCCCCGCCACCUACGUGCAGGUGCUGAAGGAGCCGCGGGUCAAAUCCAGCUCCGAGGACGUCCCACCCAGCGCCAGCGCCAGCCCCCGGCCCCCCGCUGCCUCCCCAGCCCCACAGCGCUCCCCCGGCCCCCCCCUGCCCACCGGCUCCCCUCGAGCAUCCUCCCCAUCGUCCUCCCCCCGACACCUCGGCUCCGCCUUCCCCCCCUCCCCAAAACUGCCCCAUAGCAGCACCCCAAACCCCUCCCUGGCCCCCCGCAGCCCCCCGCAGCCCGCAGCCCCCCAUCAGCAGCCGUGGCGCCCAGCCGGUGCCCCCGAGCAGCGCGCAGCCCCCGGCGCCCGCCCCGAGCCCGCCCCGUCCUACAACGGCUCCGACAUCCAAUGGACACCGUACCGCGCGCUCUACCAGUACCGGCCGCAGAACGCGGACGAGCUGGAGCUGCUGGAGGGGGACCGCGUGGACGUGAUGCAGCAGUGCGACGACGGCUGGCGUGUCCCGGAGGACGCAGAAGUUCGGCACCUUUCCCGGGAAUUACGUGGCCCCGGUGUGAUCCGGGCCCUGCGGAGGAGGAUUCCGGCCACGCCGCUCCCUGCCGCGUCCCCUCCGCGUCCCCCCCAUGGGGACAAAGCGCCUCCAGCUUCCGCCUGCCCCUAUGGGGCUGCUCCAACAGGGACCCGUCCCUGCACAGGGGGGUCCCCGCAAUCCAGUGCCUUAACCAGACCCCUCCUCGGUACCUCGUGUCCCUCCAUGCCGGCGGUGACCGUACCUCCCGCUCCUCUCCGGGCAGUGCCGGGGGCAUCCUUGCCGGUGCCGGGGCCUGACCAUGACGGCUCUGACCCGAGGUGUUGGUCCAGGGCCGUGCCGCGCACCUGGGAGUCGCGGUUGCUUCUUGUCCAUCAUUAAAGCUCAGCUCAACCC